AUGGCUGAAAUGCAGGCGUACAGACCAGAGACGCCGGAAGACCCGGAUCGCUUGUGGAUCUGGGAGAGGCAUGUGUACCUGGACGAGAACAAGCGCAGCUGGCUGCCUAUAACACUCAAGACCAGUGAAAACUUCCAGGUGCUCUUGCGUCAGGCAGACAUCCCCUUGGGUUUGCCUAUGAGCCCCAAGGACCUGCAGGCAUACGAGCUGCCUUUGAUGUGGCAGCUGUACCCAGGAAAAAAAUACCGCGGCUCUGACUCCAUGCUAUGGCAGAUACUGUACCACAUUAAGUUCAGAGGCGUAGAGGACAUGUUACUUGAACGGUUGCCAUCUGAGGACUAG